AUGACAAACCCACAAGACAAUCCUGGAACUCCUUCUCCACCCACUCCCUCUAAUUCAUCUACCCCUCCUCUACCUAGUACAUCUCCCAAACCUAGGCUAAGAAGGGUGAAAAUGCUUGCUAGGAAAACAGUAAUGUCUGGGGCUCUCAAAAAGAAAUUAAAUGAGAAAUUAAAGGCAAGCCAAGUCCAAGACUCUGACUCCAAAUCUGAUUCUGAGUCAUACAAAUCCGCUAGUGAGGGGGAAGGACCUGGCUCUUAUGACUCUGAAAAGACUCAAGAAUCCCCUUCUAAGAUAGGUUCUUCUGUGCCUGAACAUCUAGAAACUAGGUUUGUUUUGGUUGGGCCUAUUAAGGAUGUAGAAUUACCUGAGUUACGAAGGUGUGGAGGUAAAAAAAAAUCUGAAAAAGAAAAAGAGAGAGAGGGUGCAUGUGAUAAAGAGAGGGAAAAUAGGAAAAUAGUGGUUGAUGAUUUGUAUGUGCUUGCUAUCUGUGGGGUUGAACAAGAAAAGGUAAAAGAGAGUGGCAAGAAGUCAGGGGGAAGUGGUUCUAGUGAAGCUGCUGGAGGGUUAGUUCAUCUAAGCACACAUGGAGAUAAACUUGGUUCAUCUACUGAAGAGACCCUAGCGGACCUGUUGAAAAAGGUCCAUCAGGAUGAAGUUCAAACAGUGGAGGUUCAAACCCCCAAGCCCAAAAAAUGCAAGACUUCUUCCAAGAAGUCUUCCUUUGUGUUUGAGGCUGCUGAACCUUCAUUAGCCAAGGGGACAAGGUCUGCAGUGAAAAGUAAACAAGUAAGAAUUUCUGAAGAUAAGGAAUGGAAUGGAGAAGAAGAAGAAGAAGAAGAUGAGUCUGAUGGUGAAUAA